GGGAGUUGUGGUCUCUCUCUUUCUCUACAACCCAGUGGCCACCCUUGAUCUGGCCGCCGGAGACUUCAAUGGGGAGAUCCCCUUGCUGUGAUGAGAAUGGCCUCAAGAAGGGUCCCUGGACACCUGAAGAAGACCAGAAGCUUGUCCAGUAUGUCCAGAAGCACGGCCAUGGCAGUUGGAGAGCCCUCCCAAAGCUAGCUGGACUAAAUAGAUGUGGGAAGAGCUGCAGGCUAAGAUGGACUAACUAUUUGAGGCCAGAUAUCAAAAGAGGCAGGUUUUCCCCAGAGGAGGAGCAGAUCAUUCUCAACCUACACUCUGUUCUUGGCAACAAGUGGUCGGCGAUUGCUUCCCAUCUCCCAGGCCGGACUGACAACGAGAUCAAGAACUUCUGGAACACCCACCUCAAGAAGAGGCUGAUCCAGAUGGGGUUCGACCCCAUGACGCACCGCCCGAGGACCGACUUCUUUGACGCCCUUCAGCAGCUCAUCGCCUUGGCUAAGCUCGGAGAGCUCAUCGGCGGCCGCCCCUUGGACGACCACGCUGCGCGGCUGCAGGCCGAGGCUGCACAGCUGCAGUACCUCCAGCAGCUGGCUGCCGCCGCCGCCAUGGCAGGUAGUUCAGGUACCGAUCACCUUAGCACUUUCACCGGCGCAGACUUGGAGACCAACAGUCUUCUCGACUCCCAGAUGUCUUCUUUACUCUCAAUCCCUUCUCCAACUCCUCUUCAAGAUUUCAAUGGCCAAACAUCCGACAACCCGUUAUUGCCAGAGCUUGAGAUCCCGUGCUCCAUGUUUGAUCAACCUAUAAACAGCGAGACCAACCAAUCCUCCAACUUAACGGGGUUUAACCUGGGAGACAACUCACCGGGAUCACCAUUCAUGUCUCCUAAUUCACCUCUUCCUCCUCUCACCGACGUCUCCAUCGGCAACCUGGUGGGUGGUGCUUGUAGUGCUUCCAGCUGCGGUAACAGUGGGAUUAAUCCUCCUUCCUUGUGGCCUGACAUGUUGUUCGAUGAUCCAUUUAUGGGUGAUUUUGCAUGAACUCUUUCUUCCACGUCUUGAUAGCUGCUGUCAGUCUCUAUUUCCUCAACUUUCUUUGGGAGUGUUCGAUUUUUGUGUUAUCUUGUCUCAUCGUAUGCAGUGCUUAAUGACACUGUCUCAUACACGCACGCUUGUACAUACUACACACAUAAUAUCCAUAUAUGCCCUCUUUCUUA